AUGGGUCCCCUGACUAAUCCCCCAUCAAAUCGUCCCUCCGUCUUGCAAGCAACAUACACAGGCCCUGCUGCAUCUCCAGCCUCCCAAAUAUCCCCUAAACCAGAACAGACACACACGUUUGCCCACCCGCUUGCUUCUUCCCUGUCCUGGAGUCCCUACGAUACCCACAAUACAGCCGCAAAGACGGCCUAUCUCUCAGAGCUUCGUGGGGCAGUGAGCGUGUUGCAGACGGAGAUAAAUGAGUUUCUAACUGCACGCAUGGAGGAGGACAACAAUACCAAUCGACAAUCAGCAACUGGUGGUGUGGAUGAGACGAAAAGGGAAAGGGAGAGGAAGGAAGAGGAGAAUUACGGAGAAGAGGUCCUGGAUGAUGAGGAUUGA